UGAAGAAAAGUUAAAAAGGGAAGCUAAUCAUAGGAGAUGUGGAGAUUAGUAGAAUGCAAAUAGACGCGUUAGUCGAUAGUGAAUCGACGCAUAGUUACGUUAGUAAGAAGGGAUUGAAGAAGUUGCAUCUUGGCAUGAAGAUGCAAAAGUUGAGCGAGCCGGUCGUUAGUAAACUGGCAGACAAUUGCGAGAUGAGAGUCGAAGAGUAUGUCGAGGGGAUCAAGGCAUACUUCCGAUUGGAGGGGGAAAAGAAAGUCGAGAAAUUGUUGUACUCCCUGACCCUUCUAGUGGAGGAGAACUUACCCUUUGACAUCAUCCUAGCCGGGGAUUGGGGAAACACCGCAUAUGCAGACGUAAAGAUGGGGGAGCACGAGUGCUGGCUGCCCAGUCCCGAAGGGGGGAAGAAGAAAAUGCGGUUGUUCCACGAGUCUGGAAUAGAGUUUAGUCCGUCCCUCUGUUGCAUGUGUGCCCCUGCGCUCGCUAGGCACGUCGGCAAGGAGAAUGUAGUUGGCCUAUUCUUGGUUGCCUACGUCAAACCGACCACUGAAGAAGAGCAAAUGGAAGAGGUAAUAAUGCAUCAAGUAGAGAAUCUGUUGAAAGAGUUUGCGGAUUUGGGAGAGAGCACUGCAGGUGGAGUGGAAAGAGAGAUUAAGCACCAGAUCGAGAUCGAACCCGGUAGUAGAACUCCGAAGGGCCCGACAUUUUGGAUGAAGGAAAACGUAUGCGACCCUCCUUCGGUCCUACACGUGGCCCGGAAUGAAGCACGACUGUAUUACGUAUAUCCAAGGCUGCAAAGUCUGUCAGCAGAACAAGAGUUCAUGGACACGAAGGUUAAGAGCAGGAACGGUUCUAAUGCCAUAGUGCAUUGCCCGAGUGGUACAUAUGCUGCCAGUGACAGCAGCAAGCUCUCGCAUAAGAGGAAUGCAAAGGCAACACUAUGUUUGAAUGGUAGUGAUGGCAGUGGUUUUCUUUGUGGGGGCGAUGGGACCAUUAAUGGUCAUGUCGUAAGACAGAGGUUGAUACGCUAUGGACGAAAAGCUUGGCGUCAUCGUAACGGACUUGGGGCUGCAGUACAGUGUUUUAACCAGGAAAAGAUCCUGAUUGCAAAUCGAGGUGAAAUCGCUGUGCGUGUCAUCAGAACUGCACAUGAGCUGGGUAUUCCAUGUGUUGCUGUCCACUCUACAAUCGACAGUGAGAGUCUGCAUGUUCAGCUUGCUGACGAGGCUGUUUGCAUUGGAGAAGCGCCAAGCAGUGAAUCGUACUUGAACAUUCCAAACAUUGUUGCUGCUGCGAUAAGCCAUGGCUGCACAAUGGUUCAUCCUGGCUAUGGCUUUCUAUCGGAGAAUGCCACAUUUGUUGACAUAUGCAAUGACCAUGGCCUUAAUUUCAUCGGACCAAAGCCUGACAGCAUCCGUAUUAUGGGGGACAAGGCAACAGCAAGAGAAACAAUGAAAGUGGCAGGUGUGCCUAUUGUUCCUGGGAGUGAUGGACUUGUCAAGGAUACUGCUGAAGCUGUACGACUGGCCAAUGAGAUAGGGUUUCCUAUCAUGAUUAAGGCAACAGCAGGUGGUGGUGGCCGCGGUAUGCGGCUUGCAAUGGAGCCUGAAGCAUUUGUCAAACUCUUGCAGCAAGCUAAGAGUGAGGCAGGGGCAGCUUUUGGUAAUGAUGGUGUCUACCUGGAGAAGUACAUUCAGAGUCCUCGGCAUAUUGAGUUUCAGAUGGCCGCCCUAGUGAGAGAGAAUAAGGAAAGGAGAGAGCUCCUGAAGCAGGCGAAGUUAAAAGCGAUCGCAGAGGAGCAAGCGGCGAAAAGGAAAAAGUUGGAGGAGGAGAUGAUGAGGGUUGAGCAGGAGGAGGAAGAAAGAAGAAAGGCUGCUGAAGAGGAAGCAGCAGCAGCAGAAGAAGAGGAAGAACGCCUUGAAAGAAGACGUAGGGAAGAAAGAGGGGAGAGCAGUGGCACGACAGAGGAAGAUGCAAAAUUGGAGAAGAAGAUCAGUGAGUGGGUGGAAAAUUUGUCUUUGGGAGAAGAUGAGGAGGCGCAGCUGUAUGUGCCACAUGAGGAGAAGGAGGCGUUUGCCAGGGCUUUGGAAAUGAUAGAUGAGCCCCUGGAACGCCAAGAGACAGAAGAUGAGAAAAAGUUGGAGUGGAAGCUGCGCAUGAAAAGGGAGAAGAAGAGAAGGAGGGAGGAAGCUGCCCGAUUGGCCGCAAAAGUGGAGAAAGUACAAGGGUGUAGACAAGAGGUGCAGGCCCAAGCGGAAGUACCCGCGAAAUUAGACAAGAUCUUAGGGUACCUGGAGGUCUUGGAGAAGCUGAGGGAAGCUAACUUCAAGAUCAAUGCGAAGAAGUGCGAGUGGGCCAAGACGCAAGUUCGUUACUUGGGCCACGUGUUAGACGGAGAUGGCAUUAAGCCAGAGGACAGCAAGAUAGCGGCAAUUCGAGACUGGCCGACGCCCCGCACGUUGACAGAGUUGCGGUCGUUUCUAGGCCUAGCUAACUACUAUAGGAAGUUCGUGAGGAACUUCUCUACUAUCGCCGCUCCCUUGCGCAGGUCGCUCAAGAAAGAGGCAAUCUGGCAGUGGGAUAAAGAUUGUACGUCUGCGCUAAAGAAGUUAAAGCACGCGUUAAUAGAGUAUCCUGUCCUCAAAGUAGCAAAUCCGUCUUUGCCAUUUUUCGUCACCACGGACGCGAGUCAGUAUGGUAUUGGCGCCGUGUCACAGCAGGACGACGACAAUGGGUACAGACCCGUAGAGUUCAUGUCAGCGAGGAUGCCCUCAGAGAAGGUUGCUACCUCGACGUAUGAGAGGGAACUCUACGCUCUCAGACAGACUUUAGAGCAUUGGAAACAUUACCUGCUUGGGAGGCACUUCAAGGUGUACUCCGACCAUGAGACUCUUAGAUGGUUGAAGACACAGGCCAAGAUGACACCUAAGUUGACUAGGUGGGCCGCUGAGAUAGACCAGUAUGACUUCGAGCUCAAGCCAGUGAAGGGAAAAUACAAUGUAGUAGCGGAUGCUCUAAGUAGGAGGUCAGAUGUUACAUACUUCAAUGAGUAUGGCAGAACCAAAGAUCAACCAAUAUAGGAUGAGCAUUUAUGCAGCGGAAGUCUGAUAACGAACUGACUCACUUUACUGACUCACACCAAGUGACUUACAUGGCAUCAC